UAGGAUCUCGCUAUCUCGUGCUUGGCUCUGAUCACCUUCUUGUUUGUUCUGCCCACUAUGACUCACUGGUUCCCAUUGGAAACGACUAUCUUAGCUAUACAAAUCUUUGGUGCUAUCCGUUCUUAAACGAGUUCCGUUGCCCGACGUAAUGAGUACACCACAGGAGGACUACAAGCACGAGUCUGUGAAGUAGUGACAGCAACAUGGAGGAAGUCAUGAGCAGGCUGCAGGCCCUGAACCCAGAUCAGCUACGACAGGAGAUUAUUGGGGCAGGGCUGAAGUGUGGCCCCCUUACCACCACUACAAGAGCCAUCUUUGAGAGGAAGCUGGCCAGAUCCCUCCUGGAGAAGCAGGGAGGGGAUGGAGGGGUGUCUGGUGGAGGUAGCUCCUCCAAUGCAGAGUCUAAUAGACCCUUAACAGAUACAGUAGAAGCAGACCACACCCUGGAACUCAAAUCAUCAGCAGAGGAGUGCAAAGAGACAGAGGAAUUGGAUGAACCAGAAUCUCCCCUUGUUUACUAUGGUGUAUGUCCUCAUUGGGAGGAGUCAGUGGUCACUGAUGACAAAGUCCAUGUAUAUGUGGACAGGAAGAAAGCUCUGAGAGCCAUGAUGACAAUGAAAGAGUCCAGAUUUAAGUCCUUCUCAACACGAGAGGAAGCUGAGAAAUUCUCAAAAGGCAUCAAUGAACAUAGCCCAGCUUUAGCCAGCACAACUGCACCAGACGGGCCCCAGGGAGUGCUGCAACCUGUUGUCCACACAGGAAGCCCUACCGCAUCAGGGACUUCACCUGUGAACCUGGAGAGGGCUAAUGAGUUCCGCAGCCCCCGCACCCAGGACCUGACAGCCAAGCUGAGAAAGGCAGUGGAGAAGGGGGACAAGGAAGCCUUCAGCAAGCUGGUCUGGGCCAACCCACGCUACCUUAUCGGAUCUGGAGACAACCCCACCAUCGUGCAUGAAGGAUGCCAUUAUAACGUCCUGCAUGUGGCGGCCAAAGAGAACCAGUCAGGGAUGGUUCAGCUCCUCCUGGACACCCUGGAGAGCCCAGACUUCAUGAGACUCAUGUAUCCCGAUGACCAGGAGGCCAUGUUACACCAACGCAUCCGCUACCUCGUUGACCUGUACCUGAACACACCUGACAAAGCAAGCAAUGAAACUCCUCUUCACUUUGCCUGUAAGUUUGGCUGUCAAGACGUGGUCAACGUGCUGUGUUCUCAUCCGGCCACUGAUAAACACCGGCAGAACAAGUACAACCAGAAGCCCUCUAGUGUGAUAUGUGAGAGGAAAAACAAAACCCCUGACAUAAAGAAGAAGAUCAAGGAAUAUUUGGAGGAACGGUGCUAUGUUCCCUUGCUGAGGGAUACAGACAACAGCUUCCAGCCUGUGAUUGGUUUGCCAUGGUCUCCAAGCCCACUGGAGGUGGAUUUUCAUUCGCAGGGAUCAGGAGUGGCUGGGAGUCCCAUAGACCCAGUCAUGACUGUGAGAGCGUAUGUGGGUCCCCUCAGUCCUUCAAAGGCAGAUGAGUUCCAUAGACUAUGGAGAACUCCACCCAGGGAUCGAGCAGAGUAUUUCCACCGUAUUCUCAAAUCCGACCCUGACAGGGGUGCAGAGCGUGUGGGGAGGGAGAUUGCACAUGGCAUGGGGCAUCCUUGGGCAGAGUACUGGGACUUCCUUCAGAGCUUCACUGACCUGUCUACAGAGGAGGGACUGAAGAGGCUGGAAGAGUAUCUGGAUAGGAAGGACCGAAGUGAGCUUCCCCGAGAAGAAUAUGGGAGGACAGAGGAGACCGGUGGUGGAUUUAAAACAUCAACACCCUCCAAAGAGGAGCAGAAAAACCAGAGCCAAGCCCCGUCUAACCACAUCCUGAAUGACAAGAACUCAGCACCAGUGGAGAACAGUUCCCAGUCACCUGUGUGUAACCUCCUGCCAGAGUUUGAGAAAGCCAGUCUAAAUGUAGCCUCUGGCACUGUGGAGGACCCAGAGAAGGCAUGUCUGGCUCCCUCUGUACCUUGGAGAGAAGGCCUGGACCUGGGGGACGGUAGCUUCUGGAGGACCUGGGAGAGGAGUCAGGGGAAGAGGCAGGCGGAGGAGCUCUCUAACCCUAGCUCUGAGGAGUAUCUGACUGCAGACGAGGGCUCAGACUCAGAGGGCCCAGAUGGUCCCAGAGAUGGUCCCAGAGAUGGGGGAAACAGGAGGAGAGACUCAGGAUCCUCUAGCGAAUCUUACAAAUCAACGGAAGGAGACACCGCUGAAGACACAAUUCUGAUGACGGUCACCCCUACAAGACGAAGACAGGAACUGUUUAUGGAUGGGGAAUUUCCCACCAAGUUGGACAGUGAGGUCCUGUCUGCAAUGAAUAACAUGGAGAUUGACCUUGAGAGAUACCCCUGCAUUACUAAGUGGAAGAACACCAUUCUGGCCUAUCCCUCUUCACAGAGGCUAAGUUGGCCAAGCCCGAAGAGAAGCUUGACUGGGACACCAAACUGUUCUCCCAGCAGGCUCAGCUUUCACAGCCCAGGCCCCACCACCCAGAGCUGUUACACCCAGACCAUCCUCUGCAGGACCCUAUUCCACUCCCCAAACUGACAUAGGAAAACCACAAGCAACAAGAUGUCAUGUCCCACAAUCUGAAUGUGGUGCUGAAAAUACAACAGAAUGUUGGCCAACAUCCUGUACCACCACAUCAGGUCUAUAGUCUGACUUUAGAACCCAGCAGGACACCACUACAUUGCCAUUUAACAGAUUACAUGUCCUUAUUUUACCUUUUUGCUGGAUUCCAUUCAUGCAACUCUUUUGGCUUUUCUAUGCAAGCCACUAUUACCUUAUCUGGUAACUAUUGAGCUGAUAUUUGCACUAAUGCAUGUCCUCAAUGCAAGCAUUCUCUUCUGCCGGAUAGCAUAGCUACAGAUUACACUUUGAAUUUACCUAAUGGUGUACACUCCUCCCAAUGCUGAAGUGAUACAGUAUGUAAUGUAUUUACAAUUUGCAAUGAUGCUUUUUCUUAUGAAAUUGGUUUUAUAUUGUUAAUUACUUAUCUUGCUGAUUCAAGGUAAAUUAAGAGUUUUAAAUUAUCUAUUGUUUUAAUGUAUACCUAUACACAAACGGUUAUGAUGUCAGUACAUUUCCUCAUGUUUAUUCAUAAAAUGUAAUAUUAAAGCAUUAUCAAAUCAA